AUGACGGACACCGCAGGUAUAUCAAAACAUCAGCCACGCAAACCACGUCAAGAACAGCGGCAAAAGCGGCCGCAAUUGACACAUUUCCUCUGUGUCCCUCUGGUAAACAAUAAAUCGCUGCCGCAGCUGGAAUCAUCGCUCGCAGCCUUCAAAACAGCUCAUCUCACCGAACCUGGGCCAGCUUCUCAACCGUCCUCUCAGGGCCUUGGGAACCCAUCCCGCCUGGGUCUUCCUAGCACAGCCUUUCGCCCACUGGGCACACUUCACCUUACCCUUGGAGUAAUGAGCCUCAGCACCAAAGAACGUUUUGAUCAGGCUAUCGCUUUUUUCCAAUCCCUCGACCUGGCAGACAUAAUGAACGAGGUGGAGCGAGUCACCGCUCACACACAACAGAAAGUCGCCCUUCGCCAAUCAUCGCCCCUAACUUUUUCUCUUGAGUCACUACAUGCUCUGCCACAAGGAAGAUCAGCCACUAUCCUACAUGCUUCCCCGGUCGAUCCUACGGGUCGCUUGCUUCCAUUUUGCGUAAAGCUACGUGACAAAUUCAUCGAGGCUGGCUUCAUCCAAAGUGAGCCCGACAGAAGACCAGCAGGAAAACAUAACGCCCCAAUUCGCUUUGUCCAAGAUAUGCCUCAGGCCUCAGAGCCAGCUACUGUUUCUAAUGAUGUGUCUUUAACCCAACCAAAACAGCGACCACUCCUCCUGCACGCGACUCUUGUCAAUACGAUUUACGUUCGUGGACGGCAGGGCCAAAGCAAAGAUGACAAGGGCAACAAUCCGCCCAAACGCCUCACAUUUGAUGCUCGCAAUCUGAUUUCACAAUAUCGUAAUUACUAUUCCGAUCACAAUCAAACUAUCGCACACCGAGCACCAACACCUGCUGGAUCCUCUGUAGAGACCAAGAAUGGUACCCGCCGUGCAAAAUCUGCACCUAUCUCCGAGGGGAACGUCAUUUCAUCCAAAGAUAAAAGCCAUUCGGCCCCUUCUCUUCCACCGUCGCGGGGCUAUCCUUUCAUUUGGGCAAAGGAAAUUCCUUUGGAUACUAUCUGCAUCUGCGAAAUGGGUGCCAAGAAAUUACGUCCUGGUGUGAACGACGGUCAUGGGUUAAAUGAACGCCUCGGCGAAGAAUAUACAGUCAUUGCAGAGCGGAGUCUGAGUCGCCCCGGUAUAACAGCCCACACCAAAUGA